AAUCCUACCCGAUCACACAAAUCGGAUAAGAAAUACAACCAGUGAUAUCUCUACAGCUCAAGAAAACAGUUCAAGCAAUGAACACCUUUCCAUGGAAAGCAUCAACCAAAAAACAGGAUGGCUGGAAGAAGUAAAAGAUCUCUGGCAAGCAAUAAAGAAGACAACCAACCAAGAACUACAAAACAACAUCAACACUCAAAUUAAAGAAGCAACCCAAAAAAGAAUGGAUCAAUACUCAGAAAAUGAUUAA